CAAUUAAGGCUGGACCGCUUUGAUGUCGCAGAUCGAUAACAUCUUCAACCAGGUGCGAGCGCGCCUGCAGACACAAGGCAUCAAACUCUGGGAGGAGCCAUACUAUUCCGAUGGCUUGGGCAGCAUUGAGGCCUCAAUUGAACGCUUAGCCGAGGAGUACAGCGUCGACUUGGGAAUCGACGCCUCAAGAUGCAAAUACGUGAUCAUCGAGCUGCAGGAUAAUGCUCUGCGUAAGUUGGCGGCACGUCGAGAAUUCACCGAAACGGGCCUCGCAACGUUCAGGGUCCGACGCGUCGACAAUCGCAAUGGCACCACUAGCAUACUGGACAUCAAAUGUGACCUAAACGAGCUGGGCUCCAAGCUACAGCAGCUGAUUGCGGCCAAGCUGGAGCUGGGCGAAGCCGAUGAAGUCAAGUGCAUUGCAGCGGGGCACAUCAUCUCGCCGAACGCAACGCUAACUGCACAGCAGCUGAAGAACAACCAGCAACUCAUUGUCAUCAUUUGCAGGCGGGACGACCAAAACGGCGCCUUGCAUGAUAGAAUCGCCAAGAUCAAAGCUGAUGUAGAGGCGGUGGUGGCAUCCCAGAGUCAGCUUAUGGAGAUGGAGGAUCAGGAUGGCAAUCCGGUGUUUCUGCCGCCGAACGAGAAUCGCGCUCUGCUAACGGGUUUGGGUUACUGCGAGAAGGCGCGUGCUGCAAUGCAACGCGAGGAUUACGAGGAGGCGCUGCUGUUGCUGCUAGAGGCGGAUGAACAGUUCAGUGCGUGUGAUUCCAAGUUGCUUGAGUCGGUGGAUAAUUAUGCACUGCUCAACUUGGACAUAGUCUGGUGCUAUAUGUGCCUGAAGAAUGUCUCCCAGCUGCCGGAUGCCGAUCGGCGUUUGAGCAUCUGUGAACGUAGCUUCAAACGUAGCUACGGCGAGAACUAUUCGCGUCUUUAUGCGCUCAAGGGUCGCGGAUGUCCAGAGCGCGCGCUCAUCAUGCGGCUACAGCUGCUCCAGGGCAUCGUGCUUUACCAUCAGAAUCAGCGAGACGCCGCCUACGAGCGCUUAGAGGCAGCUGGCAUUGUGUUAAGCGAGCUAAAGGUUAACGACGAGCAAUUGCUGCUGCUCGUGGAGAUGGGCUUCGAGGUGAGUGAGGCACGCCUCGCCUUGCGCUCCUGCUCGGGCGACGUGGAACGAGCGGUGCAGUAUAUCCAACAGCGCAAGCAGCAGUUAUUAGACGCUCGCAAGCAAUCGAAGGAGGAGCGGGCCAUGCACCGACGCUAUGCUAAGCAGGCGACCCAGGAAAGUGACUGGGUGAAUCCUCGCAGUGUAUGCACUCUCACCGAAAUGGGAUUCGAGCGGCGCCUGGCGGCUGCAGCGCUGCGACGCACCGAAAACGAUGUAGCACGCGCAGUGGAGCUGCUGCAAACUAACUCUGCCGAGCUGCGCGACUCGUUGCCUGAAUCGCAAAGCGUGGAUGCAGUGCUGCUGGCAGCCUUGUUGCAGCUGGGGUUUAAGGAACCAGCUGCUCGGGCUGCUCUCGAAAGCGCAGAAAACAAAUUGGAGAGGGCAACGGACUUUCUGCUCAAAGCCAUCCAGAGCGAGGAGGAGCUGCUGCAAACUGUGGAGCGCGUCACAGAACUGGCUAAAAGGGGGGCUAUCGAGCUGAAUGGAGCAUCCACUUCGCAGGCAGCCGAGGGGGCACCAUCCAGAUUCCUCAUAGAUGCCGUGUUGCAAAAGGCCAAGGCCGAGGUGGAGGCAUAUCAGGCAUUCAAGCGCCUGAAUGCUGACUUGACUAACACUGAUCAGGAUUACCUGGAUUUGCCGUUGCUGCAGGAGGAACAGUUACUGGCCGAGUACCGCAAUUUGCUAGAGCAAUAAAAUGAGGCAACCGAGGCUGCUGCAACUUUUGCCUGUUUGUUGUUAGUGUCUAAACGAUUGAAUUUAAUUACGUUCGUUACGGCGGCUCCGGCACGCUAUAUAAAACCGGUUUAAUACAUUCGGAUAACUGUAA